AUGGGGUCUCCUCUGUCCCCCCAUACCCAGACAUUCUCAUCCUCUCCCUCACCUCUGCCUUACUCUCCGCAUUCAACUAAGAAGAUCAAGAAGGACAAGAAGGAGAUCCCCAAACACCGAGCUCGCAAAAUAGGCAAGGCCAAGGCCACUCCAGAGGUAACAUUUACACCCGGAGACAAUUCUUCCGCCAUUGAGGAAGCAGCAUCCACAGUUCAGCAGCCCUCCAUCUUACCUGGGAUUUUCAAAGCCCUCCAGGAUCCUGCUGCGGUGAAAGCACUGAUUUCUAUCCUCAUGGAGCAAAACUCGAGCCUUGAUGAAAGGCUUGAGAAGGUCAGGGUCACUACUAUAGAAUCUGUAUCAUGCCCUCUCUGUUAUGAUGUUGCAGUAAAGCCUUACUGGUACGGAUGUUUCUUCCGUGUUUUGACGAGGCUCUUCGGGAACACCAUCAUAAUACAUGCCCUCCUCGACGAGGACGUCCCAUCUGAUCUCAAGGACCUCAUCCAGUCCCAGAGUCCAGAUGGACCAUUAUUGGAUGUCCUGAGGACGUAUUUCCUGAAGCAGAGGUUUCCUUGCUCUUCUUGCCCCCUCUGCUGGGUUGAGAUUCAUGCUGUGCCCAUUCAGGUAGUGGUGCUGACUAACACAAUCAUCAACUUGAUGAGGGGCACCACGAUGAACGAGGAGCACUCUGAUAUUUGCUACAUCCUCGAGACUGGGUCAUUUAAGGACAUAUUUAUUUACUAG